ACUCACAGUAGAACAAUGGCGGAAGGGAGAAAUUCCAGGCAUUCAAGUUCCUCCCAAUUUUAUUCUUCUGGUGAUUAUACUGUGAAUGCUAUAACAUCAGGAUAUCAAGAGUAGCAUCAUUACAUGGCAGCUAGCUGCUCUCAGAUUGGUUGAUUGCUUUAAUUCCUAGUAUCAACAACUCUCCAAUUUGAUUGGGUCUAUCUACUGGUAAGGAUCAUCCUUAGCUACUGUUGAAGAGACAAUAAUCUGUCACUGCUUGUAUCUUAGUUUACUUUCAGUCCACGCUUUUUUUUAUUAAAGAAGACCCUGAUUUUGAUAUGGUUGACGUAGCAGAUACAUAUUCUGCUAUCUUCAUUAUUUCUUGACAUCAUCUUGAUCUUGUUGUUUAUAUUUUAUAUAUCAUGCCAUUUAAGUUGUGGCUCUUUUUAUUCAAUUUUUUCUUCUCAUUUGCUUAUUGUUCUGUAAUCUACAACGUAACUUCGUCGAGAGCAGUAACUCCAGCACAAACUCUUAGCUCUCCGGACCAUAUUUUCGAGUUGGGAUUUUUUACUCCUAACAAUUCUCGUAAUCAUUAUGUGGGAAUUUGGUACAAGGAAGUUACUCCCCAGACUGUUAUGUGGGUGGCUAACAGAGAGAAGCCUGUUACAAGUUCUUCGAGAAGUCUAACCAUAGGCAGAGAUGGGAAUUUGAUGCUUUUGGAUGGGCAGCAGAAUGUUGUCUGGUCUACUAACGUAUCUGGUUCGUCAAACAGUUCAAUUGCCGUGCUUUCAGAUGACGGGAAGUUGAUUUUGAGGGAUGGUGUUACAGGUUCAACUCUAUGGGAUAACUCCAAGAAUCCAACAAAUAUACUCUUGCCGGGCACAUGGUUGGCCUUCAAUGACACAAGUGGUGAGAGACUUAUUGUUAAUUCCUGGAAAACGGAAAAUGAUCCUUCUCCAGGGGACUUUACUGCAGGUUUAUCGCUGGAGACACCGUCGCAGGCUUUUGUCUGGAAAGGGUCGAAACCUCAUUGGAGAAGUGGCCCAUGGGAUAAGGCUAAGUUUAUUGGCAUACCUGAAAUGGAUGCUGAUUAUCAAAGUGGACUAACACUCAUUGAUGGUCUUCAGCCAGGAACUGCUUAUCUUGAUGUUAGCGUACUCCGAAACUGUAGUUACUCGAUGUUUACGGUCUCAUCAAUAGGAGUUUUAAGGUUUUUGUGUUGGGUUCCAGUCAGGGGCUGGUAUGCUAGAUGGGAGGCACCUGUUACUCCAUGUGAAGUCUAUGGAGCAUGUGGACCUUUUGGGGUUUGUAAAAGAUAUGACCCAAAUCUAACUUGUAGUUGCUUGAAAGGGUUCGUGCCAAAAUCAGAUGAAGAAUGGAAGAGAGGAAACUGGACAGGAGGGUGCGUAAGGCGAACGGAAUUAAAUUGUGGAAGAAACACAAGUGCCGGUAAUGCUACUACUGAAGGAGGAAAACCAGAUGGUUUCUUGAAGUUUAGCGGCUUAAAAGUUCCUAAUUCUGCCGAGUUUUUGAAGGUUUGGGAUGCAAAUGAAUGCAAUCAGCAGUGCUUGAAUAUCUGUUCUUGUUCAGGUUAUGCAUAUGUAAAUGCAAUAGGAUGUUUGGUUUGGAAAGGAAAUCUUGUGGAUAUGCAUGAGUUACCGUUCGAUGGACAAGAUAUUUUUUUUCGUGUUGCUAAUGCGGAACUGAAAGGUGAUAAUAAGAAGGGAAAAGAAAAACUCAUAAUCAGCCUAGUCAUUGUUUCAUCUGUUGCUGUCAUCAUUUCCAUGAUCUAUGGCUUUGUGAAGUGGAGAUCCAACCAAAAUAUUAAGAAAAAUGCUGCUGUUGCCACUUCAAGAGACACGUCACAGCCAUUUAUGUGGAGGAACCCUUCAGAAGAUCAAGAUAAAGAUCCAGUAGAAUUGCCUUUAUUUGACUUCAAUAGUAUUUUAGUUGCGACCAGCAACUUCGACGAACAAAACAAACUCGGGCAAGGAGGAUAUGGUCCAGUUUAUAAGGGAAAGCUGCAAGAUGGGAAGGACGUGGCGAUUAAAAGACUUUCGACUAACUCUGGACAAGGAACGGAAGAGUUCAAGAAUGAAGCGAUGUUAAUAUCCAAACUCCAACAUAGAAAUCUUGUCAGACUCAUAGGUUGCUGCGUUGAACGACAAGAGAGGAUACUAAUUUACGAGUUCAUGUCCAACAAAAGCUUGGACACCUAUCUCUUUGAUCCCGCAAAAAAGGCAGAGCUUGAUUGGAACAAACGGUUCAAUAUUAUAACUGGAGUUGCUAGAGGGCUUCUUUAUCUCCACCGCGAUUCUUGUUUGAGGGUCAUACAUAGAGAUUUGAAGGUCAGUAACAUUCUUUUGGACGAGAAGAUGAGCCCUAAAAUAUCGGAUUUUGGAUUGGCACGAAUGUUUGAAGGCACACAAGUUCUUGGAAGCACUCACAAGGUUGUCGGAACAUUGGGAUAUAUGGCUCCAGAAUAUCUGUUAGGCGGCAUAUAUUCAGAGAAAUCCGACGUAUUUGGCUUCGGAGUCUUGAUUUUAGAAAUUGUCUGCGGCAGGAAGGUUAAUAGCUUCCAGUUUGAUGAACAACACAUGAGCCUUCUAGCCCGCGCAUGGCAAUCAUGGGACGAAAGCAAGGGCUUAGACAUGAUAGAUGAAGCAGUGGUAGAUUCAUAUUCGACAGCGGAAGUAAGUAGAUGUGUAAAUGUUGGUCUAGUUUGUGUGCAGGAUCAUGCUGCAGAUAGGCCAAACAUGGCGGCUGUAGUUACUAUGUUAAGUGGCGAAAAAACCAAUCUUCCUCAACCUAAACAACCUACAUUUACGUUUCAGAAUGUGUCGACGAGCAGCAAUUUUCAGUCACAAAGUAACUCUACAUGGUCCGUCAAUAAUGUCACUGAAUCAAUUAUUGAACCGCGAUAAGCGGGUUUUUGGUAUCUAAAAUAUGUAGUUCUUAUUAGAAGGAAUGUAACAUGUCAAAUUUAUAUCCAUUAUGUGCCGAGUAUUGCACUUCUGUAAUCUGUACAUCACCACAGAUCUUAAAUGGAAAUUUAAUUACUCA